UGCAGACAUGAAAGUGGUGGAUUGGGGUCCUGGAUGCGGCUGCUGCUGGUGGAAAGGACCCAGCGAGGGAGCAAAAACCCAUUUCAGGCACAAGGAGAAUGAGGACAAGGAGUCCCACUGGGCUCACGUGGGUACUGGCAUCGCCUUUCCACCCAGCGCAGGAGAGGGACGAGCAUCCCGGUGCCAUGCGCCCGCGAGAGGCAAAGGGGCAGCACCACCGGGCAGCUCCUGGCCAGCAGAGCUGAAGGAGGAGGAGGAUGGAGACAGGGGGACCAGGAACCCCAUGCACUGGAGGAGGAUGAGGAUGAUGCAAAAGCUGGAUCCUCAUAGCGUGGGAAAGACGCAAGCUGCCGGCAUCCGAUCCGGGGAUUUAUGCUGCUAAUCUGAUUAGUGUAUGAUGGACGUGUCCAGUUGGAAGGAGAUGGAGGUGGCACUAGUCAGUUUUGACAACGCUGAUCAGAUUGUGGAGGAUCCCUGUUAUUCAAACGACCUCAGCCCCGCCAGCCAGGCGCGGAAAGGCCACUCCAGCUGCGCCAACCUCCUCUCCAACCUGCGCAUCCUCAUCAACAGCGAAAACGCCAACAAUGAGACCAUCUUCUCCAGGUUCUCCGCCGAGUUCAGUGAGCAUCUGGUGGGGGAGAGGGUGGGUAUGGAUGAGGGGGACCAACGAGUCAUCAUUAACAUCGCGGGGCUGAGGUUUGAGACGCGGCUCAAGACCCUCAACCAGUUCCCUGAGACCUUGCUCGGGGACCCGGAAAAGAGGAUGCGUUACUUCGACUCCAUGAGGAAUGAGUAUUUCUUUGAUCGGAACAGGCCCAGUUUUGAUGGGAUCCUGUACUACUACCAGUCUGGUGGGAAAAUACGGCGCCCUGCCAACGUCCCCAUUGAUGUCUUUGCUGAUGAAAUCACCUUCUACGAGCUGGGUGAUGAAGCCAUGGACCAGUUCAGGGAGGAUGAAGGGUUCAUCAAAGACCCUGAGACCCUCUUACCAACCAAUGACUUUCAUAGGCAAUUUUGGCUGCUCUUUGAAUACCCUGAGAGCUCCAGUGCAGCCAGGGGUGUUGCUUUGGUCUCCGUCCUGGUCAUUGUCAUCUCCAUCAUCAUCUUCUGCAUGGAGACCUUGCCGGAGUUCAGGGAGGAAAGGGAGUUUAAGUCCACCCAGGAGCUUUCCAAGAAUCUGACGGACACCUUGCUGGCCCACAGUACCUUCACAGACCCUUUCUUCGUCAUAGAGACUGCCUGCAUCAUCUGGUUCUCCUUCGAGCUCUUUGUCCGGUUCAUCGUGUGCCCCAGCAAGACCGAGUUCUUUAGGAACAUCAUGAACAUCAUCGACAUCGUGUCCAUCAUUCCCUACUUCGUGACGCUCACCACUGAGCUGAUCCAGCAGAGCGAGCUCAACGGGCAGCAGAACAUGUCCUUGGCCAUCCUGCGGAUCAUCCGGCUGGUCAGGGUCUUCCGUAUCUUCAAGCUGUCCCGGCACUCCAAGGGGCUGCAGAUCCUGGGGCAGACCCUCAAGGCCAGCAUGCGGGAGCUGGGCUUGCUCAUCUUCUUCCUCUUCAUCGGCGUCAUCCUCUUCUCCAGCGCCGUUUACUUCGCAGAAGUGGAUGAACCACAGUCCCACUUCUCCAGCAUCCCUGAUGGCUUCUGGUGGGCCGUGGUCACAAUGACAACUGUUGGCUAUGGAGACAUGUGUCCCACCACCUUGGGUGGGAAGAUCGUGGGGACUCUGUGCGCCAUUGCAGGGGUAUUGACCAUUGCACUGCCCGUCCCUGUCAUCGUCUCGAACUUCAACUAUUUCUACCACAGGGAGACGGAGAACGAAGAGAAGCAAAUCCUGCCCGGGGAGGUGGAGCGAAUCCUCACCAGCGUGGUGACGGGCAACGGCAGCAUGGAGUCCCUCAAUAAGACCAAUGGGGGUUACCCUCGAGACAAGGCCAAAAAAUGAUGCUUGAGGCCAUGAUGGGACUGGGCUCUGUGUGGUGGGAUUGGCUGGGUAAGGAAUAACCCAUCUGCAUGCUGUGAUUUCUUUCUUUUUUAAAACCAAACGUGCUGCUGCUUAUUUUCUUCUAUUUUUUUUUCUCUAGGCAUUUUUCAAUCUCUGAUUUCCUGUGGCUGUUCAAAUAAACACCAUCUUUCUUAUCUCUCUGCCCUGCCCAUCAGUCUGGUUUUUGUUAAUUUGAUGCUCAUCCGCUCUUACCUUCUCUGUCCAUAGCUUCAGAGUGCAGCUCCCCAUCUACAGAGAAUUCCCCCAUUUAUCAGAGGAGGAAUAAGGGCAAAACGACAUUAAAUGCUUGGUGGCACCCAGCUGGAUGAAGGUGGGUCCAGCUCCCUGCUAUUUUAAUCCCUUUAAUAUAGUUUCUCCCCUCCCAUCACUUAGAAUCUGGGGGGGGGUCUGACCAAUUC